AUGAGGAAGAAGACACCGGCCUUCAGCGCAACUGUUGUCCCGCCGCAACCUCGGCGGGAGACCACGCUCUCUGACGCGGAGCUUCGGCGGGUGUUUGCUAUCCUCCGCUUCAUUGCACAGCGCCCAGCGCCUAAUGACGGCAGCAGCAGCAGCAACAGCGGCAGCGGCGGUGACGCCAACGACAGCCAGUGCGCAGACGCUGCCAAUCCGGGUGCGGUAAAGGCGCCCAGCAAGAAGACCGCCAACAAGCCGCACAUCCCUGAGAGUGUGGCUGAGCCACUUGAGAAAUUCCGCAUGUCGGUAACAAACUUGUCGGUACAGGCGGAGGAGAUCCAGCAGGCCCGCGUGUCACUCUGCACCGUGCUGCUGCAGACCUAUCCGAACGAUGCGGCCGAGGUGGAGUGGCUGUGUGGUCGUGACAUGUUUGCCGAGGACCCGCGAGCAGAGUCUCUGCCGGGAUUCAUGCGAAACGAUGUGUACGCACUGCAGGCAAUGCACGAAAUCCUACCGGGGCUGUACGUCGGCUCGUACCACCCAGCAUCAGAUAAGGCCAACCUUCAGAGCCACAAUAUCACUCAUGUGCUCUGUUGUAUCAACGUGACACCGCGGUUCCCGCAGGACUUCGAAUAUAUGACGCUCCCUGCAGAUGACGCGCCAGGGUACAACAUCGCGAAGUUUUUCCCCCAAACAUUUGACUUUGUUGAGAACGCACUCAAUAAGCAUUCUGCGAUACUGGUACACUGCGGUGCCGGUAUCUCUCGUGCCCCAACAAUCACCGCUGCGUAUCUUAUUAGAAAAUUGCGCAUUACGGCUGCUGCCGCCAUUGCAUUUAUUCAGCGGAGGCGCCGCGUGGCCUCGCCCAAUACGGGUUUCCGCCAGCAGCUUCGCACGUAUCAGGAGAAGCUUGAUAUUUAG